AUGGAAUCCUUAACGCAUCUGUUCUUUUCAUGUCCUUUCGCUGAGGUUGUAUGGAUGGGGUCCCCUGUGUAUCAGACGGUUGUGAAUGUGCCUAAUGUGUCGCUGAUGGACUUUUGGUUGGAGCUGGAUAAGACCUGCAGUACCUCAGAUAUCAGGAACUUUGUUCUGUCUUUAGUUGCUUGGACACUCUGGUCUAUUUGGUUGUGUAGGAAUGAUUUAAUUUUUAAAGACCUGUUUUGUGAUCCUUUGUUUGUGAAUCAUCGAGCUGGUCCGGCUAUCUCUGAUCAGUGGAGUCCCCCGCCUAGGUUUGCUUAUAAGAUUAACUUCGAUGGAGCUUUCCAUAACCAGUCAUCUUCGGGGGUCGGGGCUGCUGUGGCUAGAAAUCACGUUGUGAAAGUUAUUGCCUCCUCUGCUCGGCGUUUCCUGAAUGUCUCUUCUCCGGCCCUUGUGGAAGCUAUGGCUCUUAGGGAAGCUAUUGUUUUGGCUAAAAAUCUACGUCUUACUGACCCCAUUUUUGAAGGUGAUGCGAAGGGCAUUGUUGACGCAAUGAGAAGCGGUUCGGGGGUGGAUAGGGACUGUGAUGUAGUUAUUCAAGAUUGCCGGUUUUUGUGUAGAGAUUUUUUGCUUCCGUCUUUUAAUUUCAUUAUGCGUUCUUUUAAUUGGGUGGCACAUAUUGUGGCCAAAAAAGUCCUUAGGGACUACUUUUUGUUGUGA